GGAUGUUACUUCGUUUUCUUUCUAAUCCUGAAGCUCCACUAUGGCAGGGAUAUUUUGUUGCAUCGUCUAUGCUGUUGCUUCAGAUAGUAAGUGUUUUUGUGAACCAGAGAGGCUUCUAUUCAUGCUUAGCUUUGGGAAUAUCUGUCCGUUCUGCACUUACAUCGGCAAUUUAUCGUAAAUCACUUAGACUAUCACCGGAAGCUCGGGCUGAGUUUACCACAGGGGAAUUGGUAAAUUUACUCAGCGUUGACGUGAAUCGUAUAAAAGAACUUUUUAUGUUUUCGUUUCUUGUUUGGGAUGCAAUUAUUGAAUUCAUCCUGGCAUUCGUAUUGUUGUGGCGCCAACUGGGUUCGGCUGCAAUAGCCGGUAUAGGAGUUUUGUUACUGAUGUUGCCGCUAAAUAUCUUACUUAUGUGGGCUACUCAAAAAUUUGAAAUACGUGAAAUGAAGUACAAAGACAAGCGCAUGAAAUGUUUAGGUGAAGUACUUUCUGCUAUACGUGUAGUCAAACUUUAUGCUUGGGAAAAGGCAUUCGAAUCUCAGGUCAAGUCAAUUCGCAAAUCUGAACUAGUUGAGCUACUACGCGUUGUCGUUGGUUGGGGCAUGUGUCAUAUUAUAUGGAAUUUAGCGCCGUAUCUUAUUUUAUUGGUAACUUUUAUCACCUAUCUUCGAGAAUUCCUAUUCGCCGGUCACUGGGGUGGAGACAACACUACCCAGCUGCUAACACCUGAACGAAUUUUCGUCAGUGUUAGCUUAUUUAACUUACUACGCAGUCCGCUUGUUUUGCUACCAUGGAGCCUUUCCUCUUCAAUAAUGGCAUUUGUAUCGAUUCGUCGUGUUGGAAUAUUUCUUUUGGCUGAUGAACUGGAACAAUAUUCUCUGCAUAACAAUUCUCACUCACCCGGAAAUUCAUCGGAUGUCAUCACUUUCCAGAAUGCUUCAUUUUCGUGGACAAAAAGGGGACCGUUGGUGCUACAGAACUUAAAUGUCCACAUCUCUCGUGGAUGGCUUGUCGCUAUUGUGGGUAGUGUUGGCUCUGGAAAAUCAUCUUUUCUUUCCGCCUGUCUUUUCGAUAUGUUUAAACGAAGUGGAUCAAUCUCUGUAAAAGGUUCAAUUGCUUACGUGUCACAAACAGCCUGGAUACAGCAGCAGUCACUACGAGACAAUAUUCGUUUUCACACAUCCGCUGAAACUCAAUCGAAUCCAGUUGCAGAACAGAUGGAAGAAUUAUGGUAUAAAAGUGUUGUUUCAGCUUGUGCUCUUGAAACUGAUAUAGCUCAUCUUCCCGCUGGUGAUAAAACAGAGAUUGGAGAGAAAGGUGUCAACUUAUCUGGAGGUCAAAAGCAGCGUGUAAGCUUGGCUAGAGCUGUAUAUCAGCGUUCAGAUAUAUAUCUAUUGGAUGAUCCAUUAUCGGCAGUGGAUACUCACGUUGGUAAACAUUUAUUCGAUCAAGUUCUUGGUCCGAAAGGCCUAUUGAGAGAUAAAACUCGAGUCAUUACUACAAAUUCAUUUCAUUGGCUCAGUUCAGCUGAUUUGAUCAUUGUUCUCGACAAAAAUGGUAAAAUUACCCAAUCUGGGACUUAUGAUGAGGUUGUAAACAGCGAAUUUGGCCACUUUGCUGAUUAUCUUCACAUGAUUGAGAAAGAAAGAAUAUCGGAUAAAUCAGAUAUUAUCAAAGCGUCACCAUCCUCUUCGCCCAAAGAGCGUUCUUUUACAACUGGUUUUGGUAGAUCAGCUAGUGUUACUGUUCCUAGUUCGUCUCUGCCUGAUAGUAAUCUGGUGCUUACGAGCAUUUUAUCUAGAAGUCCACCUACCAAUACAUCAAAUAAGUUAUCGUUAGAAAUGCCUGUUUCAUUUAUGGAGCUCACUUCUGCGUCACAUGUUAUUGGUCUCAAGCAUGAAAAUGAUGAUAUUUUUCAGAUGACUACUGGUGGUGAGGUGACAGACGAUUUGAUUGAUUUCCAACCUGAGCAACAAGUGACUCAUCGUCAUCAUCGAGUUAGUAUUGACAGUAUAAAUGAAGCUGAAAGCACACCAGUUGAUAUUACGUGUGACAAUGAAGAUCCUGAACUCGGUAAAUUUGUAACAGAUGAAGAAAUUAUGCAUGGUCAUGUGUCAUGGUCAGCCUAUUGGUGCUACCUGGUUGCUCGUGGUGUAUUUGUAACUCUUAUCACUGUUCUAUCAUAUGCAGGAUUUUUAGCCAUUCAAGCUUUCUGUAGCUAUUGGUUACAGUGGUUUGCAGAUGAUAAACAAUUAACUGAAGCUGAGAAAGGUUUCAAAAUUGUACUAAAUUCGGUAAUGAUACCGACUGUCAUAUCUUUAUUGAACAAAUCAAAGAUCGAACACUGUAUUACAUUACAGGUUAUGCAUGGGCUGGAUUGGGUCAGACUGCAAUGUUGUUAGCAUUCGCACUGUUUAAUGCUUACUCUAGUCUUAGAGCUUCAAAUCUGAUACAUCAACGACUUUUAACGAAAAUUCUUCAUGCACCAGCCAGCUUUUUUGAUCAUACACCUUUAGGUCGUAUAUUGAAUCGAUUCAGCAAUGAUAUUGACAAUUUAGAUCAUACCAUACCGAGUUCAUUUAGUGAUACAAUUGGAUGUGCAGGAGAUGUUAUUAUUUCACUGUUAAUUGUUGCAAUCACUCUACGUCCUUGGGGUAUUGGAGUGGCAAUAAUUAUUCCAUUGUUUAUAUUUUGCAUAACUGUACUAAUAUUUUAUAUGCCAUGUGUUAGACAAACACGUCGAUUAGAUGCUGCUACACGCUCUCCUUUAUUGACAAAUUAUAGUGAAACUGCAGCCUCUUCAUUAGGUGUAACUGUUGUUCGAGCAUUUAAACGUGAUAAAGACUUCAUUGAGAAAUCAGAUCGACUAAUAGAUGCCAAUGGUGUACAUGAGUUUAUACGUUAUGCUGCUAAUCGAUGGUUGGAUGUUCAUUUGAAUCAUUAUGAUGAUCAAACAACAUUUCAAAUUUUCGUUAAGUGUUUAAAGUUAUCAUUAAUUAUUCUUUGUAGUAAAGUUCAUAGUGUCAAUGCUUUUAUCACUGGUAACAUUCAUGCUAAAUCUGAAUAUUAUGUCGUUGAUAAUUGUUUAUCAGAGUUAUUUGAAAUGUUUAUAGUUUUUAAAAUUGAUAAAAAUAAUAUAUUUUCCAUAAUAAAGUCAAUUUUGUUGUGUCAAUCGGUGACAAACGAUCGUAUAAGCGGGUUUUUAUCUGUUUUCCGAUUUCUGUUUUGUAUAAAAUGUGUUGAGAUUUUCAGAAAAUCAGUUUUGAAUUAAUUAUGACAGUCUAACUGGUAUUUCACUGGUAGUAGUUGUUUAGUAUGAAAAGAAUUACAAAUUACCACAUUCAGGUGGUUUGAAUGCGAUUGAAUUGUAUGAGCUGAAUUUAUCCGGAUACACCACUGAGAAACUCGGUCGCAAACGAGCGAAACGGCUAUUUGAUGUUUACAUUACUCUGUUUGGCUGGGGAAUUCUACAGAUCAGCCUGAGUUGGUUUCUAACUAUUCAAGUUGGUCAUUAGCAGGUUUCGAUGUUUUGUACAUUAUAUUUUGUUAUCAUAACCAUCCUGGUAACUGCUAGUUAUCAAAACGGUAUAAUGGAUUUCGACUGUAUAUUUCUUGAUCAUUAUACUUCCAAGCUUUAUACUUCUGCAUACAUAUUAAGACUAUUUCUUCAGAAUCAUAAUGUGCUGUCCAUUUUGUA